AUGGCCCUCAUGGACCCCAACAUCAAGCACCUGAUCAAGAUUAGUCCUUCUUGGACCAUUCAUGUGAGGGUUACCCACAAUCUUGACAAUUGGCAACUUCCUGUGGAUGCCACACCAUCAUGUCCAUCAUUCGUCGAACGCUGCCACACCUACGAGACACUCUACCUCUCCUCCAUUCUUGACACCCUGCAGAAACACAACGCCAAGUACUUACCCGGUGGUGAGUACACCACCACGCCAUCACUCCACCACGUCCACAUACAGACCAGUACCCGCAGCGUGGAGCGGGUCUUCUCUGAUGUGGACCGGCAGUUCAAGUCAUGA